AUGACUAGGAGGUCCAACAAGGACAACCUAGUUGAACAUCCAGAGAUAGACAAGCUUGAGAAGCAACUUAGGAAGCAGAAAGCCCAAGAGAUGGCCGACGAAGCAGCUCGCGCUCACGCCGCUGAAGUGGCGCGCGCUCAAGAAGAAGGAAGAGAUCCACCUCCUCCUCCUCCUAAUCCACAAGACCCUGCUGGAGAUGUGAAUGCACAACCUCAAGCUGGAGCACCUACAAUCGGAGACUAUGACUCUGCCGAUGCUUUCUUCAUGGAUAGAAACCCUAUCCAUCCACCACCACCUGCAAGGAAUGACUAUGAGAUCAAGCCUCAGAUCAUAGCAUUGGUUAGACAGAACCAAUUCAAUGGACUUCCAGCUGAGCACCCUCUUGAUCACAUAGAAAACUUUGAAGAAAUUUGCAGCACUACAAGAUCCAAUGGAGUCUCUGCUGACUACCUUAAGUGCAAGCUCUUUUCAUUCUCUCUUGGCGACAAAGCUUCAAGAUGGUUGAAGAACAAGAUCUCCAACUUUCGCCAAGCCAACAAUGAAUCUUUCUAUGAGGCGCUAGAUCGAUUCAAGGAGUACAUUAGGGACUGCCCUAAUCAUGGUUUCAAUGAGGGAAACCUAUGGAACAUCUUCUAUCGUGGCAUAGACCACAAGUACAAGCUUUCAUUGGACACUGCAAGCAAUGGAAACUUCAUGACCAAGACUGUUGAUGAAGCUAAGGUUCUUAUUGAGAAUCUUGCAGCUAGUGAUUGUAACAACUGUCCUGAUUAUGACCGCUCAAGCCGCACCACUACUAGCUCCCCUGAUUCUUUUCAAAUGACUGAACUCAAGAACAUGAUGGCUCAAGUUCUUAAGGGACAGCUCAAGCAUAUCAAUGCAAUAGAAGGGAUGAGUGAUGCUAAUGAAGACAUCAAGAGAAUGCAUGGGAGAUUUCUCUAA